UCAUUUUUGUACGUUGACUUUUUCCGGCUACACUUCAUUCAUAUUUGAUUCUGUUCAGAGUUGGACAGAGUUCAUCGUGGAGAGAGUUCAUCCAGUUUGGGGCCAAAAUUUCAAGUUGUUUCUGAGCGUAAAUUGUGGCAAGCACUUUCAUAAAUGGAAGGCUUUGAGUAUGUGGUUAAUCCGCCAGAAGCGCCAACGGUUGCCUUUGGUCGAAAAAUCAAGCGAUCGCCCAGCGGCACAUUCAUUGGCGACAAAGAGGUUGAGCCGCCGCCAGGCCCAAGUCCAUUUACGUAUGAUUGUGUCCAGGAAAUUGGCUUCAAGUACCCUUCGAAGUGUGGCUUCUCGGCGCUGGCCAGCAAGACGUCACGUUUGCCAGGGGUCAGGGAUUUGGGCUAUCCACCGCUGGGCAGCUAUGAUGAGAGGUAUACGAGGACACAGCAUGCUUAUUCCUUCAACAAGCAGCAGCUGCACCAUGAGCCCCAGUGGGUGACUCCAGGGCCCUCCACCUAUCCGUACAACUUGAAGUACCCCCCGUGGAAUGUGGAUAUGGCAUUUGGCAGCAGGUGUGUCAUUUGGCCAGCGGUUGCCGUCUUCUGUAGCGCCUUCAACACCUCCCUGUGCACGGUGUGUGGCGAGCGGCCGCUGGGCGACUACUUUCACAGUUUCAGCAGCGACAAGGACAUGUGCCGCAAGUGCAUGCAUGCCACACAGGCUGUGAUCCGUAAGUGCGACCUUGGUGUCGUGGAGCGUUGCAUUAAGCUGCGCGACAUCAAGCAGUUCGUUCCGGCGCGCAGUUGCAGCUUCUUCCACGAUCACAAUGGCACGACGGCAGCCACGGAGCGGACAUCGCGCAAGGAGCUGCGUGACAAGAUACGCGUUGAAAAUUAUUUGUAUCGCUACACACAGAAGACAGUUUAGAAAAUAAUAAUAGAAUAAUGGAGACCAC